GGAAAUUGAGUUGGUGCGUGUCGAAAUUUGAGUUAAAUUAGAAAUGAGAAGAGUUGAGAGGCGAUACGAGAUAAUGGCUCGCAGUAUAUCGUACAUUACAGGCACACAACUUCUCGCUCUCAGGCGCCAUCCAAGCAUCGCCAUCGUCGAUGUCAGGGACGAUGAGAGGGGUUACGAUGGACACAUAUCGGGGUCUCUUCAUUACGCAAGCGAUACUUUCUCCGAUAACAUUUCAAACCUCGUUCAGGCUGUUAAAGGCAAAGACACCGUCGUCUUCCACUGCGCUCUAAGCCAGGUUCGUGGCCCAACUUGUGCUAGGAGGCUUGUCAAUUAUCUCGAGGAGAACAAGGAAGAUACAGGGAUAAAGAACGUUAUGGUGUUGGAACGUGGCUUCAAUGGGUGGGAAGCUUCUGGUAGACCUGUUUGCCGCUGCACUAAUAUUCCUUGCAAAGGAGAGUGUGAGCCUUAAUCAAAGUCGCGUUUGCGGUUGCAUGGAAUCAAGGAGGCAUAUGAUAUUUGUUGUGUGUGCACGCAUUUGUAUACAAAAUGUAAAAACAGUUGGAUGACCACUAUGAUUGCAUCAUUAUAUCUUGGUAUAAUCCUAUAUAUCAUCAUAGGUAAACUGAAUACCGUGUUUCUGUUUUGUCCAUCACUUAAUAUGUAACAAAAUCCUACUAUGAGAAUUGCUAAGAAUAACAAAGGUACUUCUUUUCUUUGUGAA